AUGAACACGUCAUUUAUUGAAUUAAUAAAAGAUAUAAAAAGAGAUGACAACAUAAAAAAUGUCGAGAGAAACUAUCAAAUAUGUAUAAGCAGUUUAAAAGAAGUUGAAAAGAAGAAACAACAUGAAACGAUAUUUGGUUUGAACAAUUCUAUUAUUAAGGAAAAAUCAUUUAUUUUAUUAAAAUUAUUGUAUUUACAAAUGUUUGGAAGGAAAAUAGAUAAAGAGCACAAUUUUUCAGUUAUCGAGUUAUUAACAUGUAAUAAAUACGUUUUAAAAAGAAGAGGUUUUUUUUUUCUAAAUAGCAUAACAGACAAUGAUGAUAUCAUAUUUCUUUCAAUUAAUUUAUUCAAAAAAGAGUUAUACAAAGAGGGAAUAUCAAAUGUUGAACAUAAUUCCAAGGCGUCCGUCCUUCAGUCCUUAUCCAGCUUUGGAAAUACAAUUAUUAAGGAAAAUAUUAGCUUACUCACUGGAGGAGGUAACAAAAACAUCUGCAAUAAUCAUGUUGGCGCAAUUGAUUCCUGCUGCAAUGAUAGUGGCAGUAACCAUGUUGUAUGUAGUAAUAGCAUGAACAAUUGUAGUGGUAGUGGGCACUGUGGUAAUAGUGCAACAGAAAGUGGAAGGAGCCAUUUCACGCAAGGACAAAGUACAGCAAAAGACUUUAAAAUAUAUAACACUGUUUUAAUCCUUAACAGUGUAAGUAACGUAUGCACAGAUAUUAUGAGCACUAAUUUAUACAGUGAUAUAUUUUUGUUAUUAAAUAAUUCUUGCCUGUAUGUUCAGAAAAAAACAAUUAUAAGUUUUUACAAAUUGGUUGUGUGCAAUUUUGAAAUUUUACAUAUAUUUUUUGAUUAUAUUAAAAAACAUUUUAUUCUUCUUUAUAACAAUGGAAGUACAUCAUAUGAUAAGCUAACCAAUGAUCAGGCAAACUACAAAUUCAGAAAUAACACUUCUCUUUGUUGUUUAAUUAUUAAUAUUUUAGCUGAAAUUUUUUGUACUUUGGAAAAAAAUGAUCUGACAUGUGCAGGUGAAAAUGGGGUUAAAAAGAAAUCUAUAAUAGGGGAGGAACAAUCAGAAAAGGGAGGAUAUAAUAACAGUACAUCAUGUAAAAACGGGACAUACAAAAGAGAUGAUAGCAUACACAAGGGACAUACAGUUUCAACAUAUUUGAAGAAAUUUUUGUCGUUUAUUCCGUUCAUUUAUAACAUUUUAAAUGAGAGGUUACAUUUAAUAGAUAAUUGGAAGCUGAUAAAGAUAAUUAAAUUUAUGAACAAGUUAAUAAAAUAUGAAAACAGAAUAUAUAAGAAAUUCCUUUCAUUAAUUAUUCACAUAUUUUACACAAAUAAAGCAAAAAGUGUGUCUUACGAAUGUUUCGAGUUUAUUCUUUUUAAUUAUAAAAAAGAGUACAAUGUUGAGGUGAACAUAGAUAGAUAUGUAGGCACAGCUUCCCCUCUGAGUGUUCAGAGGCCUGUUAUGAACACAGGGAAUAAAAACGUAAGCAAGAGUGGUCUUGACAAUGUUAGAAGUAGUAGUGCCGAAGAAAUGGUAACUCCUUUGGAUAGGUGCAAAGAGGAGGGUAGUAAUGAUAAAAAGGAACAAGUGGAGGAAACACUAGUGCAUGAAGAACACAGUGGGAGGAAAGGCAUCGAUAGUGGUAGCAUCAUCCGUGGGAACAGUCGCUGCCUUGAUGAAACGGCUGUCCAUCGUGAAAGCGAUUGCACGAACUACUUCGAUAGAUUCUUGUACCAUUGUUUUGUCCAUUUGUUGAAGUAUUUUUUCAGUGAAGAUAAAAACAUAGUAUAUGUAACAACAAAGCUGUAUAAGUGCAUCUUUAUAAUUCCAGAUUUAUAUGAGUCCUUUGUGAAGUAUAACUUGUUGAAUGACUUGUCAAAUAAUAUUUUAAAAAAUUUUUACCAGAAGGAUUGUACAAUAAGAAAGAACUUGUUAAACAUACUUUAUUACUUGAUAAACAAAAAGAAUUUUAACAAUAUAGUGUAUGACAUUCUUGUAUAUCUUUAUAAUAAUAUGGAUCAAAAUUUUUUAGAUGAAUAUAUUAAUGUGAUAUUAAAUUUUGGAGAUAAGAAUAUAAAUAAUAUAGAGAAUAUGAAUUUAUAUAUUUUUAUUUUAUUUUUUAUUUUGUGCCUUAAGAACCAUACAAAAGAGUUACAAGUACUAAGUCAAGUUUUGCAAAUAAAUAAAGAGUUAACAAGUACUCACAUCACAACCAAUUUUUUGAGUUCAAUCUAUAUUAUUACUUAUGCUGUUGCUAUAAUGAAAAGAACUUUACGUAAUGCACUACCACACUCACAUAAUAUAAGUCUUAAUAAUCAAUUAUGCCAAGUAACAAAUAUGAAUAGAAUAAAAUAUGGGAGCCAUUCAAAUCUGUACCUGAACUCUACUUUUUCUAUGGAUGAAGGUAGAAAUGAUCGCAUGACAACAUGUCCUAAUAAUAUAUCAUCCCUAUGCACAAGUGAUACUAAUGCUGCAGAAGGUAUAGUUGAGGAAAUACAUGUCAACAAGAUGAACAAGAAAUGCAGCUCGACGGAAGAUUCCGACGGAGGGGGUGUAACACAGCAGUCUUGCAUUAUCGAAGAAAAAAAAAAAAAAAAAAAAAAAAAAAAAAAAAAACUUGGUGAGUACAACAAAGUCGAUAAUGACAAGGACAACAAGCGAGGAACACAAAAGGACGAGGUGAAGGGGAAAAUGAAAUCGCACCGAGUGGAAUAUAAUGGAACGCAUGUUGAAGAAGAUCACGAUGCUGCAAUAGAAAAAGAUAUAUUCGAUUUUAAGAAAAAUUUCAAUUCAUUUGAUACAGUUGACAAAUAUGAUAUAUUUGAAUACAUAAUUGUAAUAUUAAAUAUUUACGAUAAAAUCCAUCAUGACAGGGAAAGAAUUAGCUACAAACCCAUUCAUCGUAUUAAUAUAGCUUCUUUCGAAUAUGUAAUUUAUUUUAUUAGUAUAUAUAUUGAAGAAACGUAUGAUAAAAUAAAAGAAUUUAAAAAUACUGAUUUUUUAAAAAUUUUUUUUUUUUCUCUCUACAUAUUUUUUACGCAUUUUAGUUCAAGUAGUAUUUUAUGGAAUAUAACAAAAAUUUAUAUCUUUUUUUAUCAGUAUAAAAUUAAUUAUGAUUUACUUGUAUAUUUUAAAAAAUUAGAAAAGCAUAUUAAUUAUUUGAUAUAUAAAAAAAAUGAUAUAAUCAAUUUGGAUAAGUGUCUUAUGCUAAGAAAUAUUUUAGUUCUUUUUAAUAAUAGGAAGCAGGGGGAUUCCUUUAAUUUUUAUAACUACUUUACUGGCCUUCUGGAGUUAAAGGACUACAAUCAAACCUUCAACUUCGACAUACCCUUCAAGUAUGACGACUCCUUCUUCUUGGAUGGGAGUAGUAUAACCCGGUCUACCUAUGUUAGCGGUACUAGUGGCAUGUGUGAACAGAAGAGUGAAAGGGGGGAAUACAGUAGGCAAACCCCUUUCCAAAAAACAAACCCAACAAGCAGCAAGGAAGAACAUGUGAAUGGAAACAAGAAUGGGAAUAUAAAUAAAAGUUAUACUACCAGUGGAAGCAGAAGAAGUAGUGGACACGAUGAUGACCACAAACCUUUGCUCGGCAGUAACUCGGAGGAGGAACUAAACCAAUUUGUACAAAAGCUUAGACAGUGCUGCAACAAAUGGAAGAAGAAAAAUCAUUUUUUUUUAAUACAUGAAAAUAGACAUGUCAAAUUAUAUUUUAAGGUUUUCCUUACGGAUAAAGACUUAUCACUUCUGUUAUAUUUUAAAUUAAAAGAUUCGAGUUUCACUCUUGAUAAUUUUACCUUGUAUAGUCCGCACGAUGUUGCAGCACACGAUUUAGUAAUUAACACGUAUGAUGAAGACUUUUCUUUUAUUGAUGAUCAGAAGAAUAUUAUUUAUAAAAUAAACACGAAGGAGGCAGUUGACCAAUUAGAUGAUAAAAAUGGAAAAUAUAACGAAGUUGGAAAAGAUGGCGAAGUUCGAAAAGAUGAUGAAGUUGGAAAAGAUGGCGAAGUUGGAAAAGAUGGCGAAGUUGGAAAAUAUGACGAAGUUCGAAAAGAUGGCGAAGUUCGAAAAGAUGAUGAAGUUGGAAAAGAUGGCGAAGUUGGAAAAGAUGACGAAGUUGGAAAAGAUGAUGAAGUUGGAAAAGAUGAUGAAGUUGGCAAGGAUGAGAAAGAUGGAAAAGAUUACUCUUCAAAAGGCUGCCAUAAUAACAGUGGCAGGAUAGAAGACUCUGCAUCCUUUAAACAAAUUACAAACGUAGAAAAGGUUGUGAAGAAUUUAUUAAUUUCCCUGAAAUUUGGAAAACAUUUCCCGCAUAUUAAGAUAGCAUAUAACUAUUUUUACGCAUCCAAAAAUUAUGAACACAGCAAUGUAAACAUUCCUUAUGUGCACAUGCAACCACUGCAUUUGUCCGUGGAUGAGUUCAAAAGUGUUGAUAAGAAAAAAGGAAGAAUGAAGAAAGUCCCUUAUGAGAUUAAGUUGAAAGAGAAGGAAUCUAUAAACAAAUUUCUCUUCAGCGCGUUUGUAUUUCUGUCAGAGUAUUUAAAUAUUUUCUUUUUUAACAUGAAGAAUAUAUUUUUUAAUUUGCAAACGAAUAAUAAAUUGGAUAAUUUUCGUGUAAUCUAUUGCGCAAAAAAUUGCAUGUUCAGAAGUAUUUCACAAGGUAUACCCACCUUACGUAUUAGUUAUAAUUUAUCCUAUAACAUAGUGAUAAUACUGAUAAACCUGGAACAUAAGCUAAAAGAAGAAAAAGGCGGUUUUUGUUUUUACGAUGUUGAUGCGAAAAUAAAAGUGUUGAAUGACUCUGAAGAGGAAUGUACACAUGUGCUGGACCUUUUGGACUUCUACAUAAUCAAACUUUUUUCGCAAAAAUUGAAAAUAGAUCAUCUCUUUUUGCAAUGA